AUGCUGCGCUCGACGCAUCUGUGGUUGCAUGGACCAGCAGCGCGAUCGCAGUCUGUGCUUGCGGCACUGCUACGCAUCCGGCACCAGCAUCAGCGUCCACCGCAUUCCCUCAACCGCCGGGAUGCACCGAUGCAGUUGUUGUCCUCCUCGCAUGACCACGUUGUUUCUGCAUUGCAGGAGCGGCAGCAGUUGGUGGACGAGGCGAUGAAGAUUCUCCGAAAAGAAGUCCGUGGCGGUGACGCCCUCUCAGACGUGGAUGCCGCGUCGGCCAAUUUUUGCGUUGAGGUGGGAAAGCUGUUGAGCGUCGCGGCGGCGUUUGGGGCCACCACGACUACCCCUCGCGUCGCCGAGGCGCUGCAGUGGGUGCGGAUGAACAAGAAACAGCUGGUGUCCAUGCGGCAGGUGAUGUCCAUCUGCGUGCCUCUGCUUAACCUCAAGGACGGCAAGACGGCCGGAAGACGCUUCGUGAUGGAGGAACUCAGCACACAGCUGCUGGAAGCCCUGGAGGCCCCAGUUCCCACGGCGGCGUCUUCCGAGUCGGAACUAAAGCAACACCGCAGCGCCGUCGUCUCAGUCUUUGUUCUUGUGGGGAGAAUCCUGGAGAGUGACAGUGGCGAUGCUGAUGAAGCGAAGAGGGCCGCCGGCGAGGACGGCCUCCACCACGUCCCUCCAAUGGAGGAUUCCCUCGUGUUGUACCAAAAGGCAUCGCUGCUUUUCACAAAAGGUGUUCAUGCACUUCUCACGUCGGCGAAGCGGUCGCUUCCGCCGCUUGAUAUUUCUGAAUGUGUUCACAUACUGCAUGCCUGUCAGCGCCUGGAAACGGGUCCUGGCGGCAACUCCGUGGCGGCGGCGAGGGACGGACUGCAGAAGGUGCGGCCCAUGAUUGAGGCAGCGCUUGGCCCCUCUACGGCGGGGACGAGCAAACGACCGACUGACGUUUGCCAUCUACUUUCCGUGACGUCCAAGCUGCAGGAUGCCCGAGAUAUGAGUGAGUUAUCCCGUGCUGCGCUUGCACUUUUACCACUCGCGUUGGCCUCUGCGUCUGCGAAGGAUAUUUGCGUGGUACUUCAGGUGUUGGUGCGAUUGCGUACCAGUGCACCGGAGGUGAUAGCGUCACCGAUGGUUCGGCGUGUCCUUGAGGCGGUGCGUCCAAAGCUGUUUCUCAUCGCUGAAACCCAUCCAGGCUCACUGCGACAUAUCGAGUGUUCCUUGCUGAUGUCGACUCUCUCUCGUCUUGACGAAGAACUGGCGGAUGACCUUGUGAAUCUCCUUUGCGGCUGUUUCUCCGCUUCCAUGGAGCUGGUACAGCCAGCGCAACUUGUUCCGUUUCUCCAAGGCCUCGCUAGGUGCAGCGAGGCGGCCUCCCGACACUCGGAUGAGGCGCACCAUGUGCCCUUCUGGGAAGUUGCCCGUCUCCCAUCGGUGCUUCCGACCAUUGAGCAGGCCGCCGAUCGUGCUACCGCCUGGGCGGCGGCCGGGACCUUGACGGGCUUGGAGUCGGCACAGUUGCUACUUCUUUUUGCACGGCUGCGGUACGCCAGGGUUACCGCCGUCUACGUGGCCUUGGAGCCGAAACUGGCGUUGACCGUCGAUCGCUUGUCAAAAGGCCUCUCCGACGAUGGCAACAACGGCCGUGUCGCGGAUGUUGCUCGUAGCACCGGUGACGAGGACGUCGUUGGCGGCGGCGACGGCGGGUUGAGUCAGGGGUCAAAGCAGCAGGCGUUGGGUGCCGCCGGCAUGAUUUCGCUUACUUCGGCCCUAAUGAACGCCCUGGCCGUUUACCGAGAUGAGGCGGUGACUGUCACACGAGAGGAGGAGGUGUCGCUCCAGCGCGCAGAAAAUUUAUAUGAGACCCUACGGCAAGGUGCCGUGGGAAGCAUCGCGCGAACGGAUAACCCAAAGUCGCUUGUGAUGCUUCUGCACCUGCUCCUGUCUGAAGGGAAGAAGGCAGGAGGAAGAGGAGGAGGAGGGGUAAAUGCCGCUCUGGAAAAUGAUAUGACGGCGGCGGCUGCUUCCUCCUUCCCCUCCUCUCGGCCGCUGGAUGUGGUGGGUGGACAGGUGUGUCUUGUCGCACCUGCCACGAACGCGUACGAGGUUGGGGCCAUCGCCAAGGCCCUUGGAGAAUUGGUGGCGCAUGAACUGAUCGGGGAGGCGGAGGCGCAGCGGGCCAUGGAAGCAAUUUUGAGCCGGAGCGAGGCGGUUGAGUUGAGUGUUUACGAUGCGCAGUCCCUGCUGGAGGGGAUGCGACGGGUGCGUGUGGUGUCCAUCCCUCCGGCCUUUCUCCACCGUCUGGCGACGCUGCUGCAGACGACACCCAACAAGACGGCAUGGGUCCUGCGACGCCUGCUUCCGGUGUUGAAGACGGUCACAUUGACGUCCGCUGCGCUGGAGGCAUUGGUUAAGCUGACGGAAGUGGCAAUGGCAAAUGCAUGCGCUUUGAUGUCCACUAACGCCUCAUCGCCCCCGCCGCUUCGUGAAACCGCACUUUUUGCCCAUGUCUUGGCGCAGCUGUACGGUUUCUCCUCGGAAGCUCUCGUGUCGAACGUUGCGGCGAAGGAGGGAGCGGAGGUGACGGAGGAGUUGGGGGAGGAGGAGGAGACCGUAGCGGAGGAAACCGAGGAGGCAGAAGCAAACUGUUUGGACGAUACUGCUGCCGAUGAGCCUGAUGAGUUUAGGCAACACCUAGAAAACGUGACGAGACAAGCAUUUUCAGCCCUGGGAGAUGUUGCCUGUUCGUCCCUGCAGCAACUCGGCGAUUCCAGUGAUGGCUCACAGUGCACGACGCAGAUAUCACCGAAGGAGGUUGUGAUGCUUGUGCAGAGUUUUGAAAGAGUGGGAGUGAGGCAUCACACGCUCCUCUACGAGGUUGUUCCGUUCGUCCGAGACAUGUCGGCGGCCAUGGAGCCGUUGGAGCUGUCCCUACUGCUUAAUGCCUUCGCUCGUCUUGGCGCAUGGAACGGGCAAGUUUUAAAUACACUGGCGGGUAAUGUUGCGGCACAGGUAAAUACAUGUAGCCUCAAGCAGUGUCAGUCCAUCUUACAGGCCCUCCAGUCCUCUGGGUUUCUUCGCCCUGGUGUCUUCUUCCCGACUGCGGCGUACAAGGCAAGCCUGGAGCAAGAUUGGCGCCCUGCGUGUGCCCCAACAGCACAGGCGUCCAUCAAUCCCCUUGUAUUGCUUGCGACAAGCGUUGUGGAUCGUAUGACGAGACUCAUUGAACGCCCCGAGUCCAUCCCUGCCUUGUUGGAGGCCCAGAGUCUGGAGGACGUCGCCGCUGUCGUUCGGGUUUUGGGUUUUUUUGACCAACCGCCACAGCCGGCCUUCGACACGUACUUUGCGAUGGCGGUGGAUAAGUUCCUGUUUGCCAGGAAGUCUCUUGUGGGCGCCGCCUCACCACGUCAGCAGCGGAACUGGUUGAUGAUGGCCCUCGCCCUUAAAGGCCACGUGGGCAAACUGCGGCGCUACCAUCGUCAGUGCGUCUCUGCUCAGGCGAUAUCGUGCGCCGUCACUUCCCACCAAACGGCUUUCGUCUCGCUGUCACCGGGGCUGCGACUGAUGCCGGAGGAAAAGGUGGCGGAGCUUUAUGGCACUUGCUCUGUAUGUGCCAUGCUCUACCGCGGAAGCUUUUCUCCGGAAGAGGCCUCACCGUUUUUGGAAGUUAUUUCCGAGAAACUGCGGGAUGAGGAUGUGUCCCGAAACCCCCGCCGUGUCAGUAGCGCGCUGCGACAUUUGACAAAAACCUCUUGUAGGCACAUCGGCGCUCCACGUGUUGUCUAUCAGAUUGCGUUGGACUCGGCGCAGCGCCUUGUCGCGCAAUUGCAAGGCACUGCGGCCGAGGAAGAAAGUGGCAAUGCACCUGUGUGCUCUGCUUCAGCUGCCGCAGCGGUGGCGGAGGUUCUUUGCAUGAAUCAUCUUGUGUUUCCCCCGCCUUUGGCGGGGGACGCAGAAGCACUGCUUCCAAUGUUGUUUUUCUUCGUGGAUCAAUUGCGGAAGAACGACGUUUCAAAGCUUUCCGUCACAGAGGCUUCCAUCCUUGUCUUGGCCACUGCCACUGGGACAGCUGUGGCGGGCCGUUGUCCGGUGAACGUGAAAUGGCUAGAUGAAGUGCAGCAUGACAUUAUCUUGAAGGAGAGGCAUAUGUCCGUGCAUGAUGCGGUGAGUAUCCUCCUUGCUGGGGCGCUGUGCCCCGAUGAACGUAUUGUGCGGGCAGAGACAGUGCAGUCGGCCUCGCGUGUGCUGGUGAGUCAGAUGGGAAAAACCGAUUGGACGGGGUUGUGGUUAUUGCCCGAGCUAUACCGUCUUAUGAUGGCGGGUGACGCCUGCCUCAUGGCGCAGUGCACACGGCUCCAGGAUGCGGCUGCUGAUGGCGCUGCCGCUUCAGAUGCUGGCGGCGUGUUGGAGGUCGUUGAGCGAGUUCUGCCGGCGCUACUGCGGGCGACGCGCUCUGCCGCAAAGGACGUCGCACCGACGUUGUCUUUGCAGUGCCGGGCGGACCUGGCUGAGGUAUACCGGCGCCAUGCGACGACGCAGGGGGAUGACGCGGGGCUGGCCGAGGCCCUCGCGCAACUGCUGGAGGAGCAGGAGUCGUGUGUUUCCCUGCAUUCCAACAAAUACACGGCGUGA